UUCUGUAGUCCUCAAAAUCCAUAUAUAUAGUUUAACAAAAUCUUAAAAUCUAUAGGGUACCAAACGGCUAAGUGGUUAACCAUUAAGCGCAGUUGGAUUAAGUGAUGGUCAACUGUAUUUCAGACCUGCCAACCCUGUCCAACCUUUAAGAGUACCCAGACGUCCGCGGCAAAUUGGAGAUGUAACACCGGACGAAUUAGGGUUCUCUUUCUCCCGCAAACCGGCUACAUACACAAAGCUUAAGCCCGCCGCAAAGGGAAUCUGAGCACUGUUCGCUAGAAGAGUCCGGUGUUUCAGCCUAUGUAAAGGUGCCUAUUGUAUUUCUUUGCAGCGCAUACAUAAUUUCAUAUUUUCAAAAUUGAUAAAACCUCAAAUCUAGUGCAAAGGCAUUUUAGAAGCAUUGCCUCUCUAGCUAAUACCGGACACGCAUUCAUUCUUCAUCGCGCAGUCUUCUAAACUCCCGACUCCAUUUAAUGCCAAGAUGUUUUUUGGCCAUCCUCACUAACGACGCCAUUUACCUAUUCCCUGCCUGACCUUUUGCCUAUCAGAUUUCCUGUCAUCAACCUCUUGCCUGAUCCUGGACUACGUUAUUAGCCUUUCCCUGCCUGUACUGUUACCUUUUUGGAGACCCUGUGUAUGACCUUCUGCCUGCCCCUGGACCCAGCUACCUGCCUCUUCCUGUGGUCCUUUACAAUUAAACACCUGCUGCGCCCUGCGCUUUAAACCAGCACUCUGUCUCCCAUCGUAUUCAUUACACAAAUGAGAAGAGGGUCAUAUUAAAAGUAUCGUGAGCAUUGCAUUGUGAAAGGCAAUUACUUUAUAUGAAAGGUAUUUCUAGAUAAAACACUGAUUUAGGUUUGGUGAAAAGGUCACUGUAAGAUUGUUUUACUUAGUCAAUUGAAAAUGUGCUUAAUGUUUUGAGGAAAAAAAACAGCCUUUUCGAUGAUCUGUUUUGAGUUGUGAAAUUUCAUCACACACUUGUGAAAAUAGUACCGAAGCGAUGAAGAAAAAAAACUGCAUUUGACAUGAUCAACAUAUAGGAAUGUAAUGAAUGUUGAGUGUGAUCGUUUAAACCCGCCACUGUAUAUUUCUUUAUAGUGUGUGUAGGCAGAAUGUUAAUAAUUGUCAUAUAUUGGAGCAAGGAAAAUCAAAUCGAAUGUGCUCACAAACUCGGGACUUUUCCUUUUGUGUUUGAAGGAUGUAUCCGUCUUGAAUGGAACAUUUGCAACAGAGCCAGCGGUCCUGUCACAAACUAAUCCAAAAUGGCCAGCUGGUGGCAAACUCUACUAACGGAUGAGAAUUUAGGCCACGCAACCUUGAUAUUCAUCGCAGUCAGCAAUAGUAAGAUAUGAUCAAUAAUGAUAAGUUAUACAAUUAUUCCAGAGGUCACAGAAAAUUAAAAAACUAGGAUAUAGGAUAUUUGUUUUGUAUAGGCUUACACCAAACAUCUAAAGGCAUAGUCAAAUAAUAUUUCAUCUGCAAAUUAUGAGAUUGUCCCAAGGACUCCUUAGGUGCAGAAUGCCUAGGGUCUAGUCACUGGGACAUGUUUAUCAUGCAGAAUGGACUAUUGACACAAUUAUAUGUUGUUCAUUCUGUCUGCAAUGCUGAAUGUUCGCUGGAUUGCUUAGGCCCCUGAAGGUGAGUCUCUAGGUAACACACACAUGCACACACGCACACAUGCACGCACACACACACGGAAAAGCAGUGGGAUAGCUAGGACGUUUGGAGGUGAUUUGUGAUUUGCUCCUGUUGUAACUUAAUCUCGCCACUCUCCCUCCAGUCUGAAUGCCGCUUUGUUCUACAACCUAGCUCCAUCACAACCACACAUGAACAUAAGACUGACCAUACAUACAGAUAUGACAAUUCAGAAGUGACCACAAAACUGACCAUACACCUUACAACACUGAAGCAUGUUGACCAGGUGAUCAUAGCUAUGGAGACAACUAUAACAGAGUUAUUACCACACAGGUUUAACUGUACUGAAGUGUCCGUAACUGAACCACAGUGUCCUGCGGUCAUAAGAGUAAAUCACACGGCCCCACUACCAUACCAUGCGGAGGUUCUGACCUUGACCUCUGACCUGACAUCUAUGUCUCAUUAAACGUGUUGACGUGGUUAAGCUCUUUGUGUCCGUCAGUGUGUGUGUGUGUGUGUGUAUGUGUGUGAGGGAGAGAGAGAGACAGAGCGAGAGAGAGAGCGAGACAAAGAGAAGUCUUGGAGUGGAAGUGUAGGUGGAACCAGAUUACCUUACAGUUUUUCCCCUCGAAAUCAACGGAGUACUCUAUUUAAAAAGGUCACCAUCUUCUACUAGCACCUUUGUGAGCAACAAUACCGAGAGCUUCCAAAGGUAUUUGCACUCUUCAUUUUACAUAUUUCUUCUGUGAUUGAUAAUUUGUCCUACACUUGUAUCUUAGAUGUGUAAUACCAAGUUUUCUCAGGCAGGUCAACAGAAACUGAGGCAUAAGCCAUCGGAGCAACUAGAGAUAAAAUAUUUUUAUCCACAACAAGAGAACAGAGAAUUGACAAGAGCAGCAGUUCCCUUCCACAACCAGCAGAGAUCAGCAAUGCUGCACUUAAAUGGCACAGAGCUGCAGACUCUCCUGCUAUCCUUCCUACAGCAAUGUCUGAACGGCACAGGUUUACUGGUCCCAGUACUCUCUCAGAACUACACUACCCAGCAGGCCGUUCUCCCAGUGGGCGGGGCUAUACCUAAGGCUCAAGCUCAGGGAUUUGUGUACAUUCUACUUAUGGUAGGUAUGUUUAGUUUCUUCACAUUUGGUAUCAUGCUGAGCUACAUCCGCUCCAAGAAGCUAGAGAGCUCCCACGAUCCGUAUCACCAGUACAUUGCCCACGACUGGACCAAAGGACUCACCCUCAGACGGGCCGUCACACAGGCACUGCAUGAAGCAGACACACGUAUUGGAGACAACGGGAAGAACCCCAUGGUCAUCUGCAACCCUGCUGCAUUGGAGCAGCUCCCAGGAUAGAUUGGGAUG